AAAACAUAACUUAUGUUCAUGGACUUUCAGUUUGCAUAAUGCAUUGCCUGAAUUUUAUUAAAUUUCACGGAGUUCUUUUCUGUAACAAAGUCUUUUCAGUGCCAGUGUGUUGCCAACCAACUGGACACCUGGCUUCCCAAAAGCUCAAAUACAUGUUUUCUAAGCUUGGCAAGUCAAGAUCAAAAUGAAGGUAUAAUAAAAAUCCACAUGGAUUUCUAACUUGGAGUCUGAGGUUCAAGACAAAGAUGUCAAAUACAACAAUGAAAGUAUUCUAACACAAGUGACUUUGGAUUCAGAAAUCCACGUAAUUAAAAAAUGCGUCAAGGACCUGACACAUGUCUUCGCUUGCAAGUCAUCAGGUCUGAUUCUAAAAAUUUAUCUUGCAAUUGGAGGAGUCUUCAUCGUAAUUGAUGAACUAUUUGGAGAGCAUGCUUCUUUUUGAUGAGCCUAUGUAUAGAAAUGCUGGAGCUAUUGGAUGACAGACUUCAUCUGGAUCUGCAAAGGUAGAAGAUGAAUCUGCGUUCUGUAUUUACUGUAGAACAACAAAGGAUAUUGCAGCGUUAUUAUGAAAAUGGAAUGACAAAUCAAAGUAAAAAUUGCUUUCAGCUCAUAUUGCAGUGUGCACAAGAAACUAAACUGGACUUCAGUGUAGUCAGGACGUGGGUUGGCAAUAAACGAAGGAAGAUGAGCAGCAAGAGUGCUGUAGAAUCUGGGGGCACUCCCCCGGGGACUGUCCCUACUACUCCCUCAGUACCUCCAGAAGCAGCAGUUAGGAACGUGGUAAAUAUUGCUCGAUCCCAAAGUCAGCAGUCUUCUUGGACCUCUUCUAAUAACGAUGUAAUAGUUACUGGUAUAUACAGUCCUGCUAGUUCAACCAGUAGGCAAGGAUCCACCAAACAGGCAAACACUUCAGUGGCAGAAAUACAUAAAACCUCUAUUCCACGGCUACCAGGAAAAAGCGAUACAGAGUUUCAGCAGCAGCACAUCCCUAUAGGACGACAAGUACCACAUUGUAAAAAUGCUUCCCUAUUAGUAGGAGAAAAGACUAUUAUUUUAUCUAGGCAAACAAGCGUACUGAAUUCUGCAAACUCCAUAUAUAGUCACACUAAAAAAAGCUAUGGUGGUUCAUCAGUCCAGACCGCAGAGUUGGUGUUACCUCAGAAACCCAUGAUAUGCCACAGACCCUGUAAAGCUGAGCCCGUGGGAUGUCAAAGGUUACAAAAACCAGAACAUGCGGCUCUUGCAUCACAUGUGCCCCCUGGACAAAGGGCUAAUACCAGGGACCCUUCUUGUAGCACGCAAAAUCUGGAAAUCCGUGAAGUGUUUUCUCUGGCAGUUACAGAUCAACCUCAAAGAAUUGUGGGAGGAAGCGCAACGCAGAAGCAUUGCUCAGUGGAAGGCAGCUGUCUGUCCAUUGCGAUGGAAACUGGAGAUGUGGAUGACGAAUAUGCUAGAGAAGAAGAACUAGCAUCCAUGGGAGCACAAAUACAGAGCUAUUCAAGAUACUGUGAAAGCAGCAGUUCUGUUCGAGUAGAGAACCAAAGUGCAGCCUUGUCUGGGCCAGGAAGAAACGUGAGCUGUAGUUCACACAUGGUGAAUGCCAGGGACAUGCCUGACAAUAUUCUCUACCAUAACAGAGACUACCACUUGCCUGCACGGACCUCAUUACAUACAACAUCCAGUACAUUAUAUAGCAGUGCUAAUCCAUCAAGAAGUACCUUUUCUCCUCAUUUUACAUCUUCAAGUCAACUGAGGCUGUCACAAAACCAAAAUAAUUACCAGAUUUCAGGAAACCUUACUGUGCCUUGGAUUACAGGUUGUUCCAGAAAAAGAGCAUUACAGGACCGCACACAAUUUAGUGACCGAGAUUUAGCUACCCUAAAGAAAUACUGGGACAAUGGUAUGACCAGCCUGGGCUCAGUCUGCAGAGAGAAAAUUGAAGCUGUGGCUGCAGAAUUAAAUGUUGACUGUGAAAUAGUGCGGACUUGGAUUGGGAAUCGAAGACGGAAAUACCGUUUAAUGGGGAUUGAGGUCCCACCCCCUAGAGGAGGUCCUGCUGAUUUCUCUGAUCAAUCUGAGUUUGUUUCUAAAUCAGCACUUAAUCCAGGAGAGGAAACUGCUACUGAAGUGGGGGAUGAUAAUGAUAGGAAUGAUGAAGUAUCAAUCUGCUUAUCUGAAGGAAGCUCACAAGAAGAGGCAAAUGAAGCUCUUCAAAAUGAAGAAAUCGGUCACAAAGAUGAUGACCAGAAUCCAGUGUCUACUGAUAAUGUGAAAAUAGAAAUUAUAGAUGAUGAAGAAAGUGAUAUGAUAAGUAAUUCUGAAGUGGAUCAAAUGAGUUCUCUUUUGGAUUAUAAGAAUGAAGAAGUCCGAUUCAUUGAGAAUGAGCUGGAGAAUCACAAACAGAAGUAUUUCGAACUACAGACGUUUACUCGGAGUUUGAUACUUGCUAUUAAAUCAGAUGAUAAAGAACAGCAGCAGGCACUGCUCUCCGACUUACCUCCUGAACUAGAAGAAAUGGAUUUCAAUCACGCAUCCCCAGAGCCUGAUGAUACCUCAUUCAGCUUGUCCUCUUUAUCAGAGAAAAAUGCCUCAGACAGUUUGUGAUUUAUUUUUUUUUUUUAAUUGACAAAAAAGAAACCCUGCGUAACACACAGGUUUAAAGAGAACGGCAUUUUGCUAUCCAGCGUUCUUCAGUCCAAAAAAAAGAAAGCCCAAGGUGAAGUAGACCUUCCUGAAGGAUGACUGUAGUACAUCAUGGCUACAGUUUGCAGCGUCAAGAAAUUUCAGAUGUUGUUUUUGGUAAAUGAAAGAACUGUGUGAGGAAAGGUUUCACUUUUAGCAGUUUGGCUUUGAUUAGGAUAACUUCUGACUUUCCAGAAUAACUCUUGCUCUGUAGCAAUGUCUUUUUGAGCAGGGAUCCAAGAAUGGAAAACAAAUGUCCUGUUACACAGACAACUAAUUCUUCAGAGUUGCUUGCUCACCAGUCCUGUUUGUUAUUUUUUUCCCCAUUUUUACUCAGGUAGGUGGACUGAAAAUUGGGAAUCCAAAUAGAAUAACGGGCUUUUUAUGAGUUUUGCUUGAACCCUUUUGAAAUAUGAAAUUAAACUAAAGUGUUUUUCAUUACGUGACUUCAGAUUGUUGAAUCUUCCAUUUUCUGACCAAAACAGCUGAAGAAACUUUGAAAGGCUGAGAGAUUUGAAUUAUUGACAAUAAAUUAUUAACAUGAAGAAGCAGUCCUAAGUGUUGUAACAAAUCAGAUGGGUAUGAGAAACCUGAUAGCUGCAGAACGCAACUUUCUGAUAUUCUCACAGUAGCAACGGGAUUAGAUGCUUACACUACUAUUUCGGGUUUUAUGAAUGUAGUUACAGUUUUUAUUUGUCAAAGUCUGAACGCUAAAGUUCUGUUCAUUGUUUUAAGUAUUGGUUAUAUAUUUUUACACAAACUUUACUCUGUUUUAUCAAGACACUGUCAUAAAUCCACAGCCGUCAUUGUGUCCUGAGGGGUAUUCCAAUGUUUGGAAUUGAGCUUUGCAGAUCUUCUAAGCGUGACCUGGUUUUGAAGUCGCCCUGUCUGAUGAAGUUUUGGCAACUGCCAUGUUAGAGUUGUCAUUUCUAAACUGUGAGCUUGAUUGCGGCAGUGGCUGAAAUGAAUUUCUUCUUUCCUGGCUGUCGUUCACAUUGAAUCCCUUUACUCAUCUGAUUAAAUGGAUGUGCAGACACAUUCAGAUAAAUUUAGUAGGGCACGUAUGUGCAUGCCCGUAUUGUUGAUGCUCUAUAACUUCGAAUCUGAAUAUUCCUUAGCAAGCAUUUUUGAAACAUACCUUCACAGUCUGCUAAAAAGCCUGUUCUUUCAAUUUUAUACCAAAUAAUUAUUUACUCUGGUGAAUCCUUAUUCAUGCAGUACAGUAAGUAAUCCUGUUAAUUUCAGUGGGAGGUCCAAGGUGUAGCUCAGAAAAUCGAAUGUUGGGGAAAUAACACCGUUUUUUUGGGGUGUUUUUUCUCUUUAAUACUGGGAUUAACUCACAAUUUGAGGUUUUUCUCAGUCUGGUCUGUUUCUCCCUAAUCACUUCUACAGCUUUUUUUUUUAAUUGUUAGCAAGCUCUGUUGUUUAAGGUUUUUUUUCUGUCUCUGUGUUGUCCUUGGGCAUGGGGAACUUUUAACAACAUUGUUAAACGCCAGCUGCAUAAAGGAUAGUAGCAGUUUUAAAAACUGUUCUUAAAAACAAAAAAAAACCCAAAGCACUUUCACAGUUCUGGCUGCCACACAAUUCAGUUAGUUCCCAAAAGACCUCUUACCAUCUACUCUACAGAGUAACCCCACAAAAGCAAGCUGUUGGGCCUGUGUUUGAGUUUAGGCACUAAACUCAGAGCAGAAUCCCAGGAGAGAGGGAAGGCACUGUGUAACCAGGAGGUAAGUGGUGGGUCACUCAUCCUGUCACUGCCUGAGCUGAAACGUUACCUCCCGGCUGGCAGACACGUCCUUAUAGCCUUCCUCAGAGGAGGAGCAGUGUUGUACAUGCCUGUUGAAGUGACCACUAAUCAAAAAUUAAUUCAGGUUUGUAAGCAAAGAUCACAGUACUGUCCUUCAAAUGUAAGACAGGGCUCAACUGUAAUUCUGCGCUCUCUGAAAAAAUCCUUUAUAAAGGGUUUUCUAUACUGGGUUAACAAUGCUUUCUAUUACUGUUCUCUCUAGAUAGGAAAUUUGUGCCACUGACAAUGAAACCUCUUGUUUUCUCUGAGCUUUGCUGAAAUAGAAAAAAAAAAUAGUACUGUGAUUCGACACUAUUUGAACCCUCUUUUCCUGCUGCUUUGACUUAAAUUCCCAUGAUAAAAAGCAAGAUACUCUUAAUGAGAAUUCUUGGUUUCAUGGUCAGUUAAGUCAUCCACCUUUAUAGAAGAAAAAAUUUUGUUGAUGAUUUGUAUUUUGCUGUCUUGCUUUUAUUUCAUAUGCAAAACCAAUAGAAGGAAUUAAUUUUGAAUGAAAUACUACCAGAUUCAAGCAAUUCCGUAAGUCCCUUUUCUCACGGAAGCUGGAAUCCUCUUUAGGAUGUGCAGCUGAAAGUAGCUGCAGUCAACACCCACCUCGACCCUGUGGGCAUGUUGGUCUUUGGCCCUUUUCUCCUGUAGGGUGACAAGACAAAACAUAGCCAAGUACUCAUGUUUUCAUACCCUGGAAUACUUGACAAUAUUACAGGAUAUUCGGGAAGAAGGAGUGUAAGUUAUGUUCCUAUAUAACAAAAUGCUAUAGAGGAUAAUACUGUACAGCUGUUCUCCAUUUUUUUUUCAAUAUCGGUGUUUAUUCUCUGUCAUAUGUAAAACAAAAAUUUAAUGCUAUGUUACCAUUACUGGUAUUUUAAAUCAUUGCAACAAUAGUUCUGCUGUACAGUGGCUGAAGAGCAGCUUACGAGGUCCUGUAACACAACACUUAACCAUCCUUGAGAGUUAUGAAAAUACCUAUCCAAGUAUGGCACUUCAGACUAGCACCGCACACGGUGCUUUGUCAUUUAGGGGUUUCUUUUGGUUUGCUGGUGUCCCUGACACAACGUAAUGUGUUAAUCGAGUUUGCAGAUUGCACCCCCAUUGGGUAACACGUUCAGCUGGACCUUAGAACAGUACGAGAGAAGUGGGCACAUUCCUUCCCAACUUCGUCCUAGUAAUUGUGCUGAGACAAUAAUGACAGGCAUCGCAUUCUGAUACACAGUCACCGGGACACUCGUUUCCAGAUGAAAUUCUGAAAGUUCAAGUGAUGGGGAACGAUGGGGAUGGCUCUCUGGGCCCAUGGCAUGUUAGGGUUUGGUUUAUGGUUAUUUCCUCUGUUCGUAGGAUGAUAACAAAAGCCCACAUUAAGUGCUAGCCCAUCAUUUGCAUAGACCUUCCGUGCCAGAUAAAGCUGACAUUGUGUUGCGUUACAACGACAGAUAUAAGCCCCCCUUCCUCUUUUGCUUAUUUAGCCCUGUAAUAUGAAUAACUGCUACAGCAGAAGUGCCACGUAUUGGUAUUUUUAUUGUCUCUGUGAAGGCUCUCAUUUGCUUUGUCUGUGAAAGAUGACUUCCCCAGCAUUGUUUAUUCCCGAUGUAUCUGUCAGAACACAAAUGAUGAAGUGUGUCUUUCUGAAGAAACCAAAGUGGGAAAAGGUAGUUCAGAACAGACACUGUAAAGCAGCGGCAGGAUGCUCGCUCUCCUUAGGGAGCAAUGAAAGUCUUUGAUGCUAGCAAGCUUGCUUAUAGUUAAGAAAGCGGUUUCCUGAAGCGAUGCCUCUUUUCAUUUCCCUGCAGAUGAUGCUUCUGUCAAGUCGAUAGGUCUAACAGGAAUGAGUAAUAGUAAAUAUUCUAAUAGGUGAUUUUUUUGGCAGAUUUAAAAGUACACGAACAGAUGCAGCAUACAAGUGUCAGUUUUCUUGAGUGCUUGGUUCUUGAAGCAGCACUGCACUUUAAUCUUUCCAAGUAUUUCUUUUUCGCUAAGGCAAUAAAAAGUCUGAAAAUGACAAGCAGAUUGUAGGCUUUGCAGUCCUCUGAGUGAAAAAAGGAAUGUACCGGUUGUAUCUUCAUCUUCUUAAAUUGGGAAGCAGCUUAUCGAUUCCAUUCACCAAAUGGAGACGGCUAUAUCUACCGUUGUGGUUUGUAUAGUUGAAAUGAUAGGAGAAAUCAACGGUAUCAUGAACAUCCUUAUUGUGGAAAUGGAAAUUACUGCUUAAAAUCAAUCAGCUAUCCGGUUUGAGAUCUAUUGCACUACCGUAGUAGCAACAUGAAAAAGAAACUAACGCACAGCACUAACUUUUCCCUGGAUACUGUAGUCGUAGUUGACUGUUGGUCUCAGGAUACUGAUAGCGUAAGGAAAGACAAUAAUAUGCAUAAAUGGAAUAGCACAGAAUAUCUGAAACAUGAAGAAUUUGUAACUUGUAAUGUUACAACCAAAAGCUUGAUUUACUACCUCUGGUCCCGCUGCCCAGGUCCUUCGGGCCAGGCGGUGAGCCCCCAGCCUGCCUCGCGUCAGAGGGCUGCCAGCUGCCUCACCUUCAGCUUGCGUUUCGAGAUUCUGCCUUCCCUGCCCCAGAUCAUCACAAGGCGGAGGAAGUUGCUCAGUUGUGAGAUGCCUGAUCAAAGGUAGAGGACGGUUAGUGAGAAAACUCCAGCUAGUUAUUAGAAAAAAUCACAAGCUGGUUUAUGGAGUUUGAUUUCUCUACCCGAUUAAUAUUUUAGCACACUGGCCAAAUGUGAAAACUUAAAAAUUAUGAGCAAAAAAAUGAAUAAGUGGUACUACAAAAUUGUUUUUUUCCAUGGCAGAAUAGGGUUUCAUUCUGUAUUUAAAGAGUAUUCUGUAUUAAAAGAGUAUUUAUUUGUCUCUGAAAGGCAGCAGCUGACAUUUUGGUCAGAAGACAACAGACAUAAGUGGGGCAGAAACUUGGGCUUGUGGUGGUUGUUGUUUUUAAACGAAUGAGCAAUUCCUCUUCCAUAAAAGAGAUUCUUAAGAAUGUUCCUGUAAGGAAAAUGGUUUCAGGUCAGUGCUUUGGUUCUGGGGAACACUUACUGUAUUACUGAACUAAGUAAAUAAUUCUUUUCAAAUUCUGUAUUACGUUUUACACACGCUACCUCUGAAACGAGACACCACCUUUAAAACCACACGAAAAUGUGAACUUCAACAUUUUUUUUUUUAACGUUUUAUGGGCAAUAAAUUAUUUCCAACAUGCAUCCUUAAAUUUUGUGCUUGUUUUUUAGUUGAGUGUGAGAUAUUCAGUUUGGUUUAAAUUUUAGUACUAUUUUUAUGUAUUUGUCUUAAACACAAUCUAUGGACAAGGAAAUAAUAAAGAUGUGAUAUUAGGGAGGAAAGACGAGCAUAUGUUAAUGGUAGUACGUAUUUCUAUUAAAGCUGAAGGAUGAUGUUGUAAAUGAGAUACCUGUGCUAUUUUUGGUACGGUUACUGUAAGGAAUAGAUAUUAUCCUUUAUUCUGGUACUAAACGAUUGUCGUAACAUUUCUCAAUACAUCAUAGAUUAAUUUAUCAGAGAGAACAGUCAAAUAAUGAGUCUCAGCAAUGUAAUGAAAAGGAAUAGGAUUUUACAUUUUGAGACAUACAGUUUCAUAAAUAUGUCCUCAUAUUUUUAUUUCAGCUAUUGUUUCUUUCUCUUUUUUUGCAUAACAAUAUGUAUAAAGACCUUGUAGAAACAAUUUUGAUUUGCUCGUAAGCAAAUUUUAAAUUAAAAUGGAUCAGUAGCAAGCUAAGGUUAAAACCUAAGCGGUAGCCCAUGUUUGGGAGCAAAGUUUCAACUGAAGAGAGUCCCUAUAACUUCCCCCAUCCCAUCUGUCUCUGAAAUCCAGAGGGGAAGGUUAACGGAAUAUUGAAGCCUCUUCAGCCUGGGGCUGGGGAGGGAAUGAGACCCCAGGAGACAUUUUGGUUGAGUAGCAGAAAUGAAGAUCCUGGGCUUUUAUUCAAGAAAAAUGACAAUAAACUAAAAAAUUUUUACACCUUGGAAGACAAGAGCUUCUACUUUAUCUUCAAAUUUUUAUGAAAUAUAGUUCAAAAAGUCAUUGGCAAAUCCACUGAAAUGUGGGAAAAAAUGUACUCUCCAAUGGAAAUUUUAUCAUUUUUAUGAUUAUUUCUAGAAUUACUGAGUGUAUAUGAAUACACAUAUGCAUAUUUAUAAUGUGCACAGAUACACUGAACUUGAUCAUCAUUAUUAGCAUCUAAAAGGCUAUUUUCACUUAAAAUAUUAAUGUAGUUCUAAAAUAUCUUUUAUUUGCUCACAUUUUUGUGUCUUACCAUAUAUCGAUUACAUAGUUUUGAAAUUUAGUCCAACACAUCCAUACGAAUAUUGUUUAUAGUUUAACUCCAUGCAAAACUGAUAACUUUUAGGCUUGGAAAUUUAUUAAAAUGCCCAUAAUAAUGGUAUUUCUAAGUGAUCUUGGCAAAUAAACAAACUGCUGUAUUUAUGAAGAGAGAAUGAAUCAUCUGCCAUGAUGAUUUAUGCUUUAGUUUCACUAAAGGUAUCAGUUGGAUUUAAAAAAAAAAUUCUGAAAGUUUAAAUGUUAUUGUAUCCCUUGGAUGUUUUCCAUAGCCUCCGAAACAUAAGAUAAUUGAUGAUCUUAAAAGUUGUCUCAUUUCUUUCUGGGCCAAUUUGUUAAGCUUUGUAACCUGAGUGUAUUACUGAGUUUCGCUGUGAAAAUCAAUAUUUAUGUUGCAUUUUUAUUAUUUGCAUCAGUAUGUAGCAAAGAAACUACUACAAAUCUUAAACUGAAGUACCUCCACUAUGGUCCAGGACAUGUGAUCUUGGCUUAUUUGAAAGAUAGAUGCCUAGUGAAAUAUUCCAUACAUUUGUAUUGAUUUUUUUUUUCCUGUAUAUAUAAGGGUAUUUAUAAUCUUGUAUUAACAGAGUCAUCAUGAGAAAUGCUUAUUUCCUUCUUUAGAAGCCUGCUCAGCUAUUUUUAUAUAAAAUGUUGGUCUUCGCCUUAAUUUUUUUUUUGUGAAAAAUUGUGCCAUAGAUAUUUUAACUUAUCCACAGAUAGUUUACAGAACUUGCUUUAACUUGUCUUUAGUUAAUUAUUUUUUCCUCAGAUUGUUCUAAAUUGUUUUCUCCUCCAAAUGUGUGUCAAGAUUGUUUUGCUUCCUUAAUUUUUAUUUUUUUUUAAUGUUUUUGGAGAUACCUUCAUAUGCAUGCUUUGGUAGAUCAAGUUUUUUCUCUGUAGUUUAUUGUUUCUAGUUUAGCAAAACCUUUCAUUGAAAAAAAAAAAAAUAACGAAGUAAUGCUUGUACAAAUGUAUCUAGAAUGGCCCAAAUGGUCAGAGUAAAGGGCUAUUUAGCAUUGGCAAAUUUGUCUACUAGACUCAAGGAUAUUUUUCUACAUCUGUCGAGUUUGGGACUAUGAAGAAAUGAAAUAAAGGUUAACUAACUCUUUUUCCUAUA